AACAACAUUGUAGUUGGUAAGACGAUUGUACAGUUUAUAAACUUGUCAGAACAAUUUCUAGAGUCUUCGAUCGAACGUUGAAUAAGAAAUGCGAGCAUAUUUAGUGAUUGUGGGACUUAUAGCGCUCGUUUCAGCGGCACCACUGGGUUCAUCCGGUCCCGUGAAAAUUAGUGAUAACAAUAUCGAAAAUAUCUUCAACAUCAACAUUAAUAUUCAAGGUGUUUUCACAAACAAUAUUGAGCAGGAUCUUGUGAAUGUGAUUGUUGGAUUAUUAAAUCAGCAAGGAAUUACAGCGGGAAGCGGAACAUUGAAAGAACAAUUGAUGUCUUUAGCACAACAGUCAAACACGAAUAAUUUGGAUAUUAAUAUUCCUGCAUCGGCACUUGGACAAAAAUUGAAUUUUGAAGGAUUUGCAACACAAUUUGCUAGUGCAAUGUCAAAGAAACCAGGAGACGUUGCUUCAGAAGCACCGACAGAUGAUGUUGAAAAUGAGGCCAAAAAUUUAAUACAAAAAUUCCUCAACAACAAUCCUGAGCUUAAACUACAAUAAAUGAUUUUAACUUGAUAACUUAUCGUAAGCUCUCAACGUUAUCAUAUCGUUUAUUUUUUAUAUUUCUUGACAAUGGACUGAGUUUUUUUAUUAUUUUAAUUGUGAUUGAAAAAUUUAUCAAUAAACCAUUUUUGCUUCUUAUGGGA